AUGGCGUCUGGUGGGUGUGAAGACACAUCAGAUGAGUUAUUCAGUUUCAAAUGUUCGCCUUGUCUGGCUAUUAAUCGGAAUAGAGAAGCUGUGAACUAUUGUGUGGGAUGCCAGGGAUAUUAUUGUCAGUCUUGUGCUGACGUAAUUCAUAUGAUGCCUGGUUUAAAAAGUCACACACUUUUGGAUAAUUCAAACUAUAAGUCUCCAGGCCUCCGAGCAGGAUUACCAGCAGUACCGACGGAGAGAUGUAGCAUUCAUGAGACAAAGAUCGUGGAUAUGUAUUGUGGUAAUCAUGAUGAGGUUGGCUGUACAACAUGCAUGGCUUUAAACCACAGGUCUUGUGCUGAUGUGCAAUCAAUUCCAGAUAUUGUCGAUAGUAAAUGUCAAACGACAGAUGUUGACAAAAUACACCAAAAGUUGCAAGACAUAAAAAUGAUGAUGGAGAAAAUUAUGAAAUCAAAACAAAGACUGAUAGAAGACUUAAAGAAGUCUAAGACGGAAGCAGUAAUGGCGAUCAAGGACUUUCGAAAAGACAUAGAAACAAUUCUUGAACAAUUAGAAAAGGAAUCGAUUAAAGAAUUGGAGAUGAAGUUCAUAGAAGAAGAGUCGAAACUGCUGAAAGAGAAGAAGAAAGCAAAAACUGAAUUAGAUGAUCUGAAACAAGCAGAUAACGACUUCAAGAAAUCAGAAGGAAACAAAGCCCAACAAUUUGUCUCCAUGAAAUUGUCACUGCAAAGUAUUGCUAAAACGGAAGACGCAUCUAGUUCAUUGCAAACAAGUGUUGAUGCAAAUAUAUCAUUUAGCUUUGAUCCUGCUAUACUGGAAUUUCUACAGCAGCUGAAGAGGUUUGGAUCGGUCCGACAUGAUUCUGCUUUAAGAUCGCCAAGGACAACCGUCUAUUCUAUUAAAAGUAUCAAUGAUUUAAACAUCAGAGUCCAGAAUGACAACAAAACAUGUU